AUGUUAAGAUCGCAUCUUAAUUUGAUUAGGAGCGGGAGCGACACGACGGAGGAAGCAGCUGAGGUAGAGACAAUAGAUGAAUCUGUGAAAGAAAUCCCUGUGAGGUGUCUCCAGAAGUCUCAGGUCUGCGGCCGACUCAGUAUGUUAGGCAAGACUGCUUCCGGCGACGGGUACACAUAUUUAAAAUGCAAACUUGCAGGAAUGAAGUUAACGCGUAUCGACGCUAUACGGAGUUUCAAGAACAUAAUGUUCCUGGAUGUUUCCAAUAACUGCCUGGAUAUACAAGCCCUGCAAGUGAUCGCAGAGCUACCCUACUUGAUACUCAUACACGCUGACGACAACAAACUCUCCUCCGCAGAAUUAAAACCAAUGAAAUACUUACAAGUCAUCAUUUUUAACAACAACCAAAUCGCAUCUAUUGCGGACGUGCAUCAAGAACAACUAAGCACAUUAGAGCUUGGAUUCAAUAAAAUAACAAAAAUAGAUUUCAAGUCUAAAAUGUCGUUCAUGAGAGUCUUGGAUUUACGAAAUAAUUUAAUAACGGAAAUCCCGCCUUUAGAGCUUCCUAAUUUGGACAGCUUAUAUCUAGCAGGAAAUAAAAUUAAAACUCUGGCUGGUAUAGAGCUUCUUGUCAAUUUGCGAAUAUUACAUGUGCGAAAUAAUCCGAUCAGGUACCUGGACGGUUUCAAUGAGGAUCAAGGGAAACUUCAAUACAUCAAUUUGAGGAAUUGUCAUGUUACUACAUUGAGACAAGUGAAGAAGAUGAAGGUUCUUAAAGCACUUGACACCCUCGUCAUGAAGGGAUGCCCUUAUAUGGGAGGAAAGGGCGAAGAGGAUGCAGAGAAAGAGGAGGAAGACGACCCUCAAAUCAGAGUAGAGUUGUUAGCGACUUUACCGCGGCUUAAGAGGAUCAACAAGGACAUAGUUACACCGGAGGAAAGAGAGGAAAGUAAAAUGCUGAUGGCCCAUUGGGUGGAAGAAGGGGAGAAGGAGGAAGAAGAGAUUGAGGAUGAACAGCAACAAGAGGAGGAAUUGUCCCAAAUUGAGAAUUGA